GCGCAUUUACGUCACGCCGAGCGCUGAUUGGCCGAAUCCGUCGGUUUCCGGUGGGAGCCGCUGCCGUCUGUGAGGCCGAGGCGGGGCGGGGGCGCUGAGGGCCCGGCAGAGCCGCCCGCGCCAGCUGAUCCUGAGAUCAACGCUUCUCACUCAGUAGUCCUAAGCUGUUGCAGCUGUCUCUGAGCCAGCAAUGGCAACUUCCAGCAGCAGCAGCAGUGAGGAGGAGCGCAGUCUUCGGGAAUGUGAGCUUUAUGUCCAAAAACACAACAUCCAGCAACUUCUGAAGGAUUGCAUUGUGCAGCUGUGCACAGUGAGACCUGACCGACCCAUGGGAUUCCUGAGAGAAUACUUUGAAAGACUGGAGAAGGAGGAAACAAAACAGUUGUUAAACCAACAGAAGUCUGGUUCACGCUCAGACUCACGGGAGGAUGAAAUCUCUCCUCCUCCUCCUAUGAACCCUGUGGUCAAGGGCCGAAGAAGACGAGGGGCCAUCAGUGCAGAAGUCUAUACAGAGGAGGAUGCUGCAUCUUAUGUUAGAAAGGUUAUUCCAAAAGAUUAUAAAACUAUGGCUGCAUUGGCAAAAGCUAUUGAGAAGAAUGUGCUGUUUGCCCAUCUUGAUGAUAAUGAGAGAAGUGACAUCUUCGAUGCGAUGUUCCCCGUCACUUACAUUGCAGGCGAGACUGUCAUACAGCAAGGUGAUGAAGGUGAUAACUUCUACGUUGUUGAUCAAGGAGAAAUGGAUGUUUAUGUGAACAAUGAGUGGGCAACCAGUGUUGGUGAAGGAGGAAGCUUUGGAGAGCUUGCCCUUAUAUAUGGAACUCCCCGUGCAGCAACUGUCAAAGCGAAGACAAAUGUGAAGUUGUGGGGCAUUGACAGAGAUAGCUACAGAAGGAUCUUGAUGGGGAGUACUUUAAGAAAGAGAAAGAUGUAUGAGGAAUUCCUCAGUAAAGUGUCUAUAUUGGAAUCUCUGGACAAGUGGGAGCGCCUUACUGUAGCUGAUGCCUUAGAACCAGUACAGUUUGAGGAUGGGCAAAAGAUUGUGGUCCAGGGAGAGCCAGGAGAUGAGUUCUUCAUUAUCUUGGAGGGCACAGCUGCAGUGUUACAGCGUCGAUCAGAAAAUGAAGAAUUUGUUGAAGUGGGCAGACUGGCACCUUCUGAUUAUUUUGGUGAAAUAGCUCUGUUGAUGAACCGUCCCCGUGCUGCCACAGUUGUUGCUCGUGGCCUGUUGAAGUGUGUGAAGCUCGAUCGACCCCGAUUUGAACGUGUCCUGGGUCCGUGCUCAGAUAUUCUCAAGCGAAACAUCCAGCAGUACAACAGUUUUGUAUCGCUGUCUGUCUGAAGCCUUCCUCCCUCAGCAACGUGCUUCACCAACGCAGACUGCUUUAUUACCCUUGUGCAGAGCCACAUGGCCACUGGCAUUUGCAGCUUCCUGUCUGUUUAAAAAAAAAAAAAAAAAAAAGCUUUUCAUAGUACUAUUUUUAAUUUAGAGCAUAUUAGUUCUGUGCUCUCUGUCCCAUUAAAUACAUAGGAAAAAGUUCUAUGGAGAUGUUUGCUGUUACAGCUUCUCUCUGUGCAACUGUGUCCAACUCGGGCAAAUACAGCAAACACAGCCUUGCUUUACUGAAGGAGAGAUCUCCAGGCACCGUGACAAUUGCCACAGAAUAAGGAGGUAGCAGGGUGUGGGGGGAAUUUCAAGGUAUUUCUUAAAUCAUUGGACAGAUUUUAAGGCUGUAGUCCUAACCUGCUGUAUUUCUUUCCAAAUGAGAAUUGCCCAUGUUACUGA